UUUUCGAUGGUAGACAGUUGGUUUUAAAAAAAUAUUUUUCAGUUCAAUUUAUUGGUUGCGUCAAAAUAUUGGAAAAAUCAGCAAAUACAACAUCUAUUCUACGCAACUUUACGGCAAUUGCAAACUUAUCAAAAUCGGAUUGCUUUGUGCAAUGCUACAACAGACGAAGCAAAAUUGUGGGACUCACAACAAAUUUUUGUUUCUGUGUAAAAUCUUUUGAACCGAAGCCUGUUCAUGCUACAUGGAAUAAUUGCCCAACAAAGGCAUGUGGGACCGAAAUAAACGAAUACUGUGGCGCCAUUGAAUUUUAUAAACUUAUUAAGCCAUGCUCUAAAGGUACAAUUAAUUUGCAACUUAGACACGGCUGCUUCCCAGUUAAAAAAGUGAAUAAUGAUCUCGUACAAGUCAAAUCUUCAAACACGUCCGCUGUAGCGUGUUUGCUGAUUUGCGAAAGCAACCAAUACACCUAUGCCGUCAUUCCAAAACCUUUUCACUGUUUUUGUUCUCUGAAUCAACGAAUGCUGACAACUGUUUCGUCACAAAGCAGCAAUAGAAAUCUUCAAUGUACCCGCCCAGGUUUUGUUUCUGUUUCUCGUACACUAGCAACUGAACGAUGCGGAGAUACGGGGUAUUUAAAUAACAACACCUUGCCGCUUGUGGCGCUAGUAAGCCACCCAGGCUCUGGAAACUCUUGGCUAAGGUAUUUGCUAGAGGGCGCUAGUGGGAUAUACACUGGAAGUAUUUACAAAGACCCAGGAGUUUUUAAAUCAGGAAUGUUUGGCGAGGGUGAUAAUCCAACAUCACGACGUACACUGGUCGUUAAAGCCCAUCCCUCGCACGAGUACCUGAUAAACAUUACGGCUUCAUUCGACAAAAUCGUUUUAUUAAUAAGGAAUCCGUAUGAAGCUUUUGUGGCCGAAUUCAAUAGAAAAAUGACUAAAGACCACACCGGCUUUGCUCAGGUCGAUGAUUUUAAUGGGGAAGUUUGGCUGGAAUAUAUAAGAAUAGCUACACGGGAUUGGGCGAUGCACCAACUGCAUCUAAUUCAAAGCAAAAAACCUUUGCUGCUUGUAACCUUCGAUGAACUGCGAGCAAAUAUGUCUCGCGAACUGCGCCGCAUUCUUUACUUCAUCGGUUACAAGCCACCAGACAUGGAACGCAGGCUGGAGUGCUUGGGUCGCAACCCAGUCGGCGAUUUCAAGCGACCGCAGACAAGAACUUCAUACGACCCAUACGUUACAGACACAAUGCGUAUGAUCAACCAUGCAGUAGAAACAAUUCGUAAAGCUUUGCUGCUUAAAAACUUGGGCAAUCUUCCGAAAUGGGAAAGAGACAUUAAAUUAUGAAAGAAAAAUAACCUGAGUUUUUCUACAAGUUUUAAAUCGGCUUUCGAUUUGUAAACAUUAUAUACGCUUUCUGUAGUUUUUAGUUGCGAUUUACAGUGAUUUU